UGGAGUUAAGAUCGUUUUCAAGUUACACUGUCUGGGACGAUUCCCUUUUUCUUCUCAUUCUUCUAUUUUUAUUUUCAUCUGAAAAGCAGCACUCUCCUAGUGCGAUGAAAAGAAUCCAGUAAAUUUCAAUGAAAUAAAACACGGAGCAAACAAAGGUGGUAGCUAGAAGAUGGCUUUUUGAAAAUUUUAUAACUAUGAGUGCAACAUUCUAGUGUAGUGAGUAAAAGUCGGUGAAAAUAAAUUGGGUGAAAUUACAUUGGGGUGCACAUAGAGUCUUGAGUAUUUCUUCGUUUGCACUCCUUUGGUCCUGGUGUGAAUCAUCGUAUAGAAGGGGUGGUAGGUGUGGGUUAAGUGAAGUGAAAGGAAUACCAGUGAGUGGCUUUUCCUUCGGGACCAAAAAAAAAACAUACACCCAGAGUGAUGUAUAGACAAUUGCAUUAUAAAAAAUUCACAAAGCUCUGAAUGCACCUCGAAUACACAAUAAAAUUGCAUACAUUUUCAGCCACCAUUUAACCUUGUCAGUUUUCCUCUUCUUUUGAGCAACAUACAUGGAAAUUGUGCAAGCAAGCAUGAAGAACAGCGACCAAGUUGCACAGGAUCAUGAUGAUGAUUCAACCUUUGAAGAUUUCUAUCGUGAUUCGGUGAUUUUCAUCACGGGCGGAACGGGAUUCCUCGGAAAAGUGCUGGUAGAGAAACUCCUGAGAAAAUUUCCAAUUAAACGGAUAUAUCUACUUAUAAGGAAUAAAAACAAUCUUACAGCACAGGAAAGACUCGAAGGUCUAUUUCAGGAAGAGCUCUUCACGAAACUUCGUGGGGAAAAUCCGGAGUUCGGGGAGAAAGUUGUACCCAUCGCAGCCGAUUAUGAAGCAUUUGAUCUGGAUAUUUCGGAGAAAGACAAAUUGACUUUAUUCAAUGAGGUGGAAAUUGUCUUCAAUAUUGUGGCGUCGGUGAAGUUCAACGAAAAAUUGAGAGACGCUCUCGGAAUUAAUGUGCUGGGCACGAAGAAAGUUCUUGAAUUAUCUCAACAAAUGCGCCGUCUGAAAUCGUUCUUGCAUAUUUCUACGCUCUACUCGAACUGCCACCGAAAGUAUGUUGGAGAACGUUGCUACAGCCCCAAAAUCACGUAUGAACAAGUGAUACAAAUAAACCGAAUCGCUGAUAACGACACUUUCGAAACCAUCCAGCACUGUCUCAUUGGAGAGAUGCCAAACACUUACACCGUGACCAAGCGUUGGGCAGAGAAUUUGGUGAAUCACGUGGCUUAUGGAAUGCCAGCCGGUAUCUUUCGGCCCCCAAUUGUUGUUUCAAUCUACAAAGACCCAGUUCCUGGUUGGAUGGACAAUCUCAAUGGUCCAGGCGUCAUAAUAGUCGGCAGCGUAAGAGGAUUCAUUCACUGUAUUUACGGAGAUAAAUUACAAAAAGCCAACAUUAUGCCAGCAGAUUAUUGCAUCAACGCUAUGGUGGCUGCUGCUUGGGAUACUUAUAGGCGAUAUCAAAGUAGAAUGGAACAGCAAAGCGAAUUACCAGUUUACAACUAUAUCUACGAGAAGAAUAAUUUAACUUGGGAGAAAUAUAUGCAUCUGGUAUCCAAGGGAUUACACGAGCCGUUAGAUAAAGCCCUAUGGUACUAUUCAUACUACAUUGUGAAAUGGAAAUUCUUAUACAAAUUAGGUGCUAUUUUUCUACAUACUAUUCCUGGGUAUAUCUUGGAUUUUCUUUUACUGAUCACUGGAAAAAAGCGAAUUUUUGUCAAAGCAUAUCGGAAGAUCGACACAGUACUUGAGAUGAUGUCAUAUUUUGGUCUACGUGACUGGAAAUUUUGUAAUAACAACGUUCUUCAGUUGAACAAGUUGAUUUCCUAUCGAAAUCGCCAACUUUACAGUUUGGACUUUGAAAUGGAGAAAAUCAACUGGAGCGACUACUUUCGUCACUAUAUUCCGGGAAUUAAGAAGUAUCACUUCAAAGAGGAUAUUAAAAAUCUACAAAAGUCUCAGAUGCACUAUAAGCGACUUUAUAUUCUUCAUAGACUCGUUAAGACAUCAUUCUGGUCAUUGAUUUCCUAUCUCCUUUUUAGGCAAUUCUUUUGUGCAUUUGAGAAAUUUGUUGUAAACUGAACAUGUAAUUUACGUUUUUAAUAGCUGUAUGAGUGUUUUUUUCAUUGAUAUUUAAAAUAUUUGUUACUGAAAUGGACAGGAAAAACAAAUAAAUAAAUUUGCUAUGCUCAAA